ACUGGGUAUGGCCUGUACAAGUCUAUCUAAUGAUUUGAUUACAAGAAAUGCUGAAGAGAGUUACAACUCGUAUGAAAACAUUAAAAGUGAUCUUGUGACGUUUUUAGAUGGAGUGGUUGGGCAAUUUGAACAUAUUGUUAUUGAUUCCUUUGAUGUUGCUGUAAAAGAAAUCACGAUAAUAUUAGACGAACGAGGUGUACGUCUUGCUGGUCCGGUACAGGACUAUUUGAAUAAGACUGUUGAUCCUGUACUAGCCAGUUUUGAUAGUCUCUCACAACAAAUGGAUUUGACUAGAGAACUGUUGUCUGAUGUUAAUGCUACACUGGUUGAAUUAAAAGACAAUAGCACUAUACUGGAGCAAGCUUUGGAGAAUGUGGCAACAUCAUUGAAUUCAACUGUUGCUGGCUGUAUUUUAGAUCCAUGUACAAAAAUUCUGGAGAGUUUAGAAAAGCUUACAUUAGGCAUGGAUUUGGAAUCG